UAGCGUAGUUAAUUAUAAGGUCCAUAGACACCAAGGUUUAUAGAUAAUAAAUCUAUAGUAUAAUCUAUAAUAUUAUCUAUAAACCUUGCAUAGACGCCAGGUAGUUGAGCUUAUCACCAGUGUUUUAUUUACAAUCGUUAUCAGUUGGAAAUGUUGCGAUAUUUAAAUCAAAUAUCAAUUCAUUACCGGAGUUUCCGUAGUAAUAACCGGCGUCCGGCAUGUUCUGACUCUUAACUUUGGACUCGUUUCUUGAAUUUCUAGGUUAUUGUCUUUUGAAUCUUUAAAAUCAACUCGGGACGUCUUCAACAAUGGCUGGCGAAGUUAUCGUCGAUGCUCUUCCGUAUAUCGAUCAAGGGUACGACGAGCCAGGUAUCCGUGAAGCUGCAAUCAGUAUGGUAGAAGACGAAAAACGUCGUUACAGACCGUCGAAAAACUAUCUUGAACAUUUGCCGCCGCUCAAUAUAUCAGCGUUUGAAACAGAAAUGAUGCGCACAGAGUUUGAUAGACUUCAGCAGCGUUUGCCUAUGGAAACGAUGAGUAUGAAACGCUAUGAGCUACCUCCACCACCAGCUGGAAAACUCACGGAUAUGUCUGCUUGGAAUGAAUGUUUAGAAAACUCAAUGGCCCAACUCGAACAUCAAGCAACGAGAAUUACCAACUUAGAACUUAUGACGGAUUAUGGUACAGAAGCCUGGAAAUCUUAUUUAGAAGUUCUAGUAAAAUGUGUUGCUGCUGCGCAAACACAAGUGGCUAAAUUGAAAAAACAAAUUCAAGAAGUAAAUUUCCAAAGAAAAAAUGUGCAGAUGCAAGUUGGCGAAAAAUUACGAGAUUUAGAAGCCAAUUGGGUAGGAUUGGUGAGCAAGAAUUACGAGAUAGAAUUGGCAUGCGCUCACUUGGAAAAACAAAUAAGAGCAUAUGAAUUGGCCAAUCCAGAAAAAAUGGACACUGAUUAAAAAUGUUAUUGUAACUUUUUUCAUAACUAUGUAUAAAGUAUUUAAAAACAUUUAUGGUAUAAGAAUAAUUAAUAACGACAUUGUCAUGUAUUAUUUUUUCACAAUUUUAUAUUUUCAUGUAAAAAAAAGUAUAAAAAAUGUGUAUAAUAAAAUAAAGCAUUUUGCCUACAUCAAA